GUACCGAUGCAUUCAUAGACUUGUGAAAUAACAAGGCUCCCUCUACUAACAGAUAGUACCUCUCCACGAAAUAAAAAUUCCUGAAAAACAAGAGCACUCUUUAAGAUAGGUUCCUUGCCCUAUUUGAGAUCCACCAGAAGACAACACAUUCAUAACAAGAUCCCAUAUCCCAGUACGAGAAGGAACAACAUCAAUAUGGCAUCCUCGGAGUUGUCUCCACAUCAGCCUGGUCUAGUAGACACGGCUGAGGGUCGCACAACGGGUGCAGGAGAUGGUGACAGAGAUAGUGCUACAACUACCCAAGAAGAAUCUCCACUGUUAGCCCGCGUUAUCGUGCGGCAAGGUAUCAGCGACGACAUCACGCAUGUGCCCCUGUUCGACAAGACUUGAAAAAGACAACCUUAAACGAGCUGCGAGAAGCGGUCGCGGCUAGCGUUUUUUCUGGUGGGAGAAAGCGGCACUUACUCAGAUGGAACUUGGCAGAUGUGCACGAAAAAGGGCAUAGUGUUGCUGUCCUGGGAAGUACAGGAGGCGGAGGUCAGGGGAAGAUACUGCGAAGUCAGCACUGCUGGGAACUACUGACCUUGGCUGACCUACUACGAGAAAACCUCACGAAGGACGAGGCCAACGUCCUCACGAACCAGACGCCCAUCACGGCCGCCCUGCGCUAUGCGAUCAAAGCGCUUCGGAGCUACGAGACAAUCAACACUCGACAAGAAUUCGACGACGCUCUGCAUCCGUAUUGGUAUUAUUUUUCGGAUAGCACUUCCUCAUCCUGACCUCAGGGCCGCCUAUAUUUGCGCCAAGAGCAUUGGAUAUGAGAAAGAGGAGGACGCAGGUGGAAGGAAACUAUGUUAAGGCUAGCCUUUUACCUUUACUAUAUCAUGUGGACUAUGCUUGAUUUAAAUUCGGGAUCUUUCACCAGUUCCAGUGCCUGACCUUUCGAAGCUUUUUUAUGCUUUCACGAAUUUCAACCUCGACAUCAGCGGUUGGGAUGUGUCCGGCGCAGUCGAUGUCUCCGAGAUGUUUUCCGGCGCAAAGAAAUUCGACCAGCCAGUCGGAGAUUGGGAUAUGGGCAACGUGGUGAAUAUGCAGGAAAUGUUCCGUGGAGCGAGGCGCUUCAAUCAACCGAUCGGGAAAUGGAACGUGAGCCGCGUGGGAAACAUGGAAUUAGGGGUUACACCAUGACUAUUGCAUUUCGUACAAGUAAAUGGACCUUCGCUUUAUAUACCUAGAAAAUAAGUCAAGAAUGUUCUCAAGCAGUCCCCCGAAAGUUGGAGACCACUCUUCAAUGAGCGACUCACAGCAAACAUGGCUGAUUCUCAUGAACGAUGGACGACAGGCGGUGUGAGCACGCGUUUACGAGAUGAGCAAGAUGAGAUGCGGUUGAAGAUAGUGAUGAGUGAUGAUGUGGCUUGUUCUCAUUUCUUUGGAACCGAUUGCCAAUAUGCCAAUGGCUACCUAUAAGCUGAUUAUCGCUUCGUAGGUGAGGACUAGGCACACUUAUUGAUAUGUGGCGGGCGCGUAGACAGUAGGACACCAAAAAAAAGAGUUGCAUCAGCCGAACUAACAUGACAUAACGACUACCAUGAAGCGCCCACUCAAACUUUGUGUGAGCUUACCAAGCAAAGCCAAAAACUAAAACAGCGGAUAUGAUAACAUUGUGGAUGAAUAAGGUAAAAGUUCUUGUGCUUUAUCAAGAAGAAAAUUCAAAUUGUUUAUGACCACUUCUAAGAAGUGCUUCAAGAAAUGCAAAUUCGAACCCUUGUUCGUUCCUCUAAAUUUCAGCACUAAUUAUGCUAAUGCUAAUGAAUUGAAGAAUCUCAAUCUGUUCUCGAGCAUUAUGCGAUCAUAUUGUCUCUGCAAGCGAACUGUCCUUCUGAAGACAAUAGUCAUGACUCCUGAACAAGAAGAUGGUCAUCACGCUGUCUUGUUAAUACGCAGAUCGUGGUUCCUUCUACUGUCUUCUUGGCGUUCCCUCUACUCCCUUGGCGGGGUUCCCUCUACUCUCUUGGCGUCUUUCCUUGGU